GAGAGGCUGCAGCACCUGCGAGGGAGGUGGGGGAGACGAGCCGCGGCGUGAGGGCGGCAGGUGCGGCGAAAGAGGCCCCUGACGCGGGGAGGGUCUGGGCGAGCUGGGUCGGAGGCGUCCAGUGAGCUUUCCCCCUGCAGGCGGCGACGCAGCGGGCCGGGCCCGAGCCGUAUUGCUAUGGCGGAGUCAGCGGCCAGCGUGGGCGCCUCCGCGACGGUCACCGAGACGGAGGUGACUGAACCGGAGAAUCGCAGUCUCACCAUCAAACUGAGGAAGCGAAAACCAGCCAAGAAGGUGGAAUGGUCAAGUGACACAGUGGAUAAUGAACACUUGGGACGGAGAUCUUCCAAAUGCUGCUGCAUCUAUGAGAAGCCGCGAGCUUUUGGAGAGAGCUCCACAGAGAGUGAAGAUGAAGACGACGAAGGCUGUGGCAAUGCCCACUGCAUCCGGGGCCACAAGAAAGGCCAGCGGGGGAAAGUGCAGGGUAAAGAAGGUGACUCUGGUCCAUCAGAGAGCAGCCCCCGGAAGUCGGAGCCGCCUGACCAAAACCACUCCGCUGCCAUGCAACACUGAGCCCCACCUGGCCAAGGAAUGGGGGAGGAAAGCCCCACCUCCUACCCUGAGCAGGGACUGAUGCUGCCCCGACUCUGGGGCAAGGGGGAGGGAGGGGAGGGCUCAUGCAUCCUCUGCUGGUGCUGACACUGCCUCAGCUCUGGGGCAAAGGGGAGGGGGGAGGGCAGGGCAGGGCAGGGCACGUGCAUCCAGCUCCCCGUCCGUCUCGUGCCAUUGCUGCUGCUGUCGUCUGUCUGUCCAUCCGUGGCUGGUGAGUCUGUCUGGUGCUGCCCAUCCUCACCCCCCAUCCACGUGGAAUGUAGUGAUGAGCCUCCUGGGCUCUCUGGCUGAUGCUUUCCCUCCUGGCUUCUUAAUUAAAUGUGUGUAUCAGUGAUGAACAAGGUAGGAAGUGGGCUUUGGAAAGGGCAGUGAUGGAGCUGCAUCCAAGCCCCUUCUGAUAGACAUGCAUCCCUCUGUUCCCUCCUCCCUCUCUCUCACCCCCCACACCUUUGCUAGGCUCCGAGUCCACCCUCCCAGUUCCAGCCGCCCUCUCCCGCCCAGUCCUGUGUGUCCUCUUCCUUUCCGCGCUCUUGCCCAGCCAAGCUUGCUGGUACCCUCACUUCCUCUUCCUGCCCCAGCUGCACUCACUGCUCCCUUCUGGUCCCUGUUGCACUCCUAGACUCAUCACUGCCUGGUCACUGCAUCUGACACACAGCUGCCUUAAGGACGCAGCCUUCAGGUCUCCCCAUGUCUUUGAUUUCUGCCACCUGUUUGUUACUACACACCUGCCUUUUUUGUUGUUUUCAGUUUUUUUAAAAUCUCCCGCUGUGUUUUUUAAAAACACAAGAAAGCACCCAACAAUGUAUAUUUUUCAGUAUGCUAUGGACGGUUGUAAGAUAAUUCUUUUCAGGGUGAACGGGAGGGUUAAGCAAGAGCAAGAAAUCCACUGGCUGUGGUACGGCCGGGAGUGUAGCAACUUUUACUGGUCUGGGGGAGGGAGCUGAAAACUGCAUGUUAGGAUUGAAUGUGGCAGCUGACUCUGGGCAAGAGUAAAUGAGGCUGGACUCAUUUGGAGGAAGUCCUGUGCUUGCUCAAACAAAAGCCAUGCCUGAACUUCUUGCGCAGUGCGAGGGAAACCCACCUCUGUUCCUGUUCCACACUUUGGCUGGGAUUCACACUGAAUGAGCCCCCGACCCCGAAAUGACACAAGAGGACCCUGGCAUUACAGUGUGGGGUGGAGGGGGGCUUUCUUCCAUUGCAUGACCCCCGGAUCAUUCCGUUGCUCUCGCUACCUGUGGCUUGAUGUUGGAGCACAGGCAAUUGUGUGUCCUUGGAACCUUAGUUUCUGUGUGCCAGGGUCAGCACGCUUCUACUUGCACAUAACGUGCAAUAAGAGGAGCAGUGGAGGGUGUCCAUAAUGCACUGGGUGAGCGUGUGGCCCACUGGCUAGUUCAGCAAGCCCCUUAAGGGCCACAUUCACCAGACUCUGGUGACUGUGCUGCACUUCUUGUCCGAGUCAAAGGAGAAGGUAUGCGUAACUGCAAGAAAGCGCUCUUUGUACCCUUACAGGUUGUACGGUGCCCUCUGUACCUUACAAUCACCUUACAAAACCUAGUCAUGACUGCAGCCUACCCCAGAAUGUUUCUGCAUCAGUCACUCCUUCCACUCCUGAUUGGAGGGCAGGCAGGCGGGCGGGCAGGGUGCAGUGGACAGCCUCCUCUGUGCCCAAGGGCUUGGGGUUCAGAGAAGCCUUUCCAUUUGUCUUGCACAGCGCACUUGUGUUCCUGCCACAGAGUGCCUGAAUUUUGGGGUGGUCAAAGCGGGCUGCUACCCUAUGAUUUCUGAUAGCCUUCUUUGGCUACUAUUCUUAGUUUACAGGUGGGAUAGCGUGCUUUGGCCAAAAAUUGGGGUGGCAGAGUCAUGAGCUUCCCUGCCUGUCCUCCUCUAAUGUGAACACAGUCUGAGAGUUUGUGUUCGAGGGCAAGUCACAGAUCCCCAAAUGUGGCCAGAGGCAGGAGAACCCUGCCAGGGCUCAGUGGCUGCUGUCAACCUGUCCUGUGAACCAAGAAAGUGGGGUGGUGUCCUCAGCUUGCACAUGUUGGACCAUAGGGGGACAAGGUCUGGUGUGGGUUUUUUCUGGGGUAUUGUCAGCGAUGCCACUUGGCGGAAGGGAAGUUGCUGAGCAAGAGGGACCAGCGAGCCCGCUCUGGCUUGCAACACACAGGGGUUAUUAAUACUGUAUUUACACGCACGAACAUAAUGGGUAAAACGCUGUCACUUUUUCUCUUGCCCUGUCCUAAAAGAACACUUGUGAGCACCUUUAAAAAUGCCCGAGAAUUAAAAUGCAGAUGUUGGUGCAUUCAUA